CUCUCCCUCUCGUCAGCGGGGCCGGGGUUACGAGUGGGUGACGUGGCUGCUUCUAAUCUUUGGUCGGGUUUCGGCGGCUCCCGUACUCUGAGAAGCGGCGGUGACGACCCAGGAGGUUGUGGCAGUGGCGGCGGCGACAGGAGGCGGAGAGGAGCAGUCCGAGGUUAUGCGUCUCAAUGAUCCCGCGGAAACGCUACGGGUCUAAGAACACGGAUCAGGGUGUCUACCUGGGUCUCUCAAAGACACAGGUCCUGUCCCCUGCAACUGCUGGCAAUAGCAGCAGCGACAUCGCCCCUCUGCCCCCCCAAGCGGCCCUGGUCCCUCCCCCUCCCGACACCAUGUCCUGCCGGGAUCGGACCCAGGAGUUCCUGUCCGCCUGCAAGUCCCUGCAGAGCCGUCAGAAUGGUAUCCAGGCAAAUAAGCCGGCUCUGCGUGCUGUCCGGCAGCGCAGCGAGUUCACCCUCAUGGCCAAGCACAUCGGGAAAGACCUUAGCAACACGUUUGCCAAGCUGGAGAAGCUGACAAUCUUGGCAAAGCGGAAGUCCCUCUUUGACGAUAAGGCAGUGGAAAUCGAGGAGCUCACUUACAUCAUCAAACAGGACAUCAACAGCCUCAACAAAAAAAUCGCCCAGCUGCAGGAUUUCGUGAGGGCCAAGGGCACGCAAAGCGGCCGGCACCUGCAGACACACUCCAACACCAUCGUGGUCUCCCUGCAGUCCAAACUGGCCUCCAUGUCCAAUGACUUCAAAUCUGUUUUAGAAGUGAGGACAGAGAACCUCAAGCAGCAGCGGAGCCGGCGGGAGCACUUCUCCCGAGCACCCGUGUCGGCCCUGCCCCUUGCCCCCAACCACCUGGGGGGUGGUGCUGUGGUGUUGGGGGCAGAGUCUCGGGCCUCUGGCGACGUCGCCAUCGACAUGCUGGACUCUCGGACCAGUCAGCAGCUGCAGCUCAUCGACGAGCAGGAUUCCUACAUUCAGAGCCGGGCAGACACCAUGCAGAACAUCGAGUCCACGAUUGUGGAGCUGGGCUCCAUCUUUCAGCAGUUGGCACAUAUGGUCAAGGAGCAGGAAGAGACCAUACAGAGGAUCGACGAGAACGUGCUGGGAGCCCAGCUGGAUGUUGACGCCGCCCAUUCCGAGAUCCUCAAGUACUUCCAGUCAGUCACCUCCAACCGGUGGCUCAUGAUCAAAAUCUUCCUCAUCCUCAUUGUCUUCUUCAUCAUCUUUGUGGUCUUCCUUGCCUGAGCCCUGGCCGCUCUGAGGCACUCCGUGGGGGUUCCGGAAGCCUCCUGGGAGGCCUGGCGGCCAGUCCUGCCUCUGAGCCUGUAUAGGGCGUCCGGGAGAAAGGCCCCCCCGUUUCCUGGAACUGCUGAGAAUGGCCACGGCCCUUGAUCCCCCACCCCGGCCUCUGGCCACCCUGCCGGCCCUCACCAUGCUGCAGCCGGCGAAGCACAGACGGUUCUGAAUCUGGACUCUGCGGAGAGCUGGCUGCAAGGGAGCCGAGGCCAACUAGGGGGCUGGUGGUGAGGGGGAGGUUGUCUCCACCGGGAGAUUUUUUUAUAAAGCCGUCCCCAGCCUUUUCCAAAGGAGACUCCGGCAGCCUGGGGAGAUGAUGGCCUUCCCCAUCUUCCUGAGCGCUGAGGAGAGGAAGUGCAACCGCCCAGGGACCACUCUCCCAUCUGGGUUCGAGUUUGACCUCUUCCUCUUUACCAUGUGAGGCCGGGCCCUGAGCCCCUCAGCUGCCUGGAAAACCCAGACUUCCGGCUGCCCGUGACUCUCGACCUGCCAAAUGUGCUGUACCACAGCCUGGUUUUCUCCCAAUUACAGCAAGACUGUCAACCUGA